AAGUAAUAUUUUGUCUGCCACCAUCUGUAAAAGGUUUUACUCUGGAUCAUUUCUAAAAACAAAUUUUGGCAGCUCAAGCACACCACACAUACAGCACUUACACUCUUAAGGUACCCUUUAAAAUUACGGAUAGUCCCGUGGCACCCUUUAAAGUUACGGAUAGUCCCGAGGCACCCUUUAAAAUUGCAGAUAGUCCCGAGGCACCCUUUAAAAUUACGGACAGUCCCGAGGCACCCUUUAAAAUUAUGGACAGUCCCGAGGCACCCUUUAAAAUUGCGGACAGUCCCGAGGCACCCUUUAAAAUUGCGGACAGUCCCGAGGCACCCUUUAAAAUUACGGACAGUCCCGAGGCACCCUUUAAAAUUACGGACAGUCCCGAGGCACCCUUUAAAAUUACGGACAGUCCCGAGGCACCCUUUAAAAUUAUGGACAGUCCCGAGGCACCCUUUAAAAUUAUGGACAGUCCCGAGGCACCCUCUAAAAUUGCGGACAGUCCCGAGGCACCCUUUAAAAUUAUGGACAGUCCCGAGGCACCCUCUAAAAUUGCGGACAGUCCCGAGGCACCCUUUAAAAUUGCGGACAGU